AUGCUUGCUUCGGGGUCCGGGAAUGUCAGUCUGAGGACCGUCAGCUCAAAUAGGCCGCAAGUCCUGCGUUCCGAGGAUCAACAAUCGGUUGCCGCUUCGGACGACUACUAUUCGUUUUCAGAUCGCACUGCCAGUUCGAGGUCUCCGAGCAACGGCAGUCACGCUACCGUCGUGAGGUAUGCCACACCGAUGUCCCAUCCUGUGUCUCACACUUCAUCCCCCGCCAUCUCGAGAACGCAUCUAGGCCCACCCAUGGUUGGAUCAACCUCCCGCCUGGAACAGCCAGUGAGGAUGCCAAACGAUCACAAAAAUGCGCCAUCCCCCGCUACUAGUACUGUUCGCGCCGUGCAAGACAGAGAAGUUUACAUGAGCCCAAUGACGGAGAGCACCAGUCGCCAGGUCCCGAGUGACAGCUAUGCGGGACCUCCUCCCACACCCGGCAUGGAUGAUGUUCCAUACAUCCGAUUUGCUAUUAACCAACUUACGCGUGAAGAAGAUUCUCAUAGCUUGCGAAGACCGAGCUCAGUUGCAAGCGAGGAUUAUCCGGCGGAGCGUCUCAUUUGGGACGAAGGAUUGGGUUAUUUUAUCCGCUCACCUGAAUCGAAUAAUACACCUCCCGCCCAGCAGCCGCUGUUGCAGCAUUCCUCGCCAGAGCCGGUCGACAGGUCCCAUCAGGAUUCGGUGGAACCGGAAGCCUUUGUCGCAGUCGAGCCUCCAAAGGACAGUUUGCUCUAUCCACGCCUGAACUACGUGCCGUGUAUGUUACGGCCAUGGGCUCUUAUUGCGAUCAUCUUCUGCUCUUUGCUCAUGAUCGCCGGUAUUGUCUUUUGUAAUGUAUGGUCUCGGAGACACCAGGGCUUCUGGGAUUAUGAUGGCCAGGGAGGUGGGCGGUACUUUGUCGUUCAAUUUCUCCCGCAAAUUUUGGCCGUCCUUAUCACAGUUUGGACUUUCGUUAUCCAGGCUGCAGUGUAUCGUACAAUGCCAUUUGCGAUCAUGGCCUCGGAAAGGAAGCUAGGUCAAGUGUUGCAUCGCUUACCGAUUCUAUCGCGGAACUUUCUGGUUCCAGACUUUUCGCAAUUUCGACAUGGAGAACCGUUGGUUGGGUUCUCUUUGGUCUUAACAUGGCUCUCAAAUUUGAUCACGCUGCCACUGCUCAGUUGCUUUUUCCAAGCAAAGUGGUUCGUCAUCGAUGGGCGAGGGACAUGGCGUUGGACUGCUGUGCAGGAUGUUGGCUGGACACUGGUAGUGAUGUACGGACUGCUGACCGUUGGAUUGGUUUUACUGAUGUUUCGCUUUGUUCGCACUUGGUCGGGGCUAAUGUGGGAUCCGGUGAGCCUGGCUGAUCUGGUCUCGAUCAUUCAGCGGUCCAAUAUCUUGCGGGAUUUUGAGCAGUCCGAAAUAUUGCCCGAUGUAGGCGAAUCGCUCAACCCUAGAGUGCUUCGGCUGGGUUACUGGCAAUUAUCCAACCGGAGGGCGACGUUCUAUGGUAUCGGUGAGGUUGCAGCGCCGCUAGGAAACCCGUCUCUCCACCUCAGCGAAAAGAGCCGCGAGAAGCAACCAUACGGUUUGUCCAGGGUUUCCUACGAUAUAGAGCAGCAGAUCGGAGAGGGCAAGUAUGGCUUCGAUGAGCAUAUGUAUUCGCCAUCGGUUCGUUACCGGUGGACUCCAUGGUUUCUUCGAGACACUUUUAUUGUCGCAUGGACAGUUACUAUCGGUGCACUUUUUAUUGCUUUCGUGCUGGUCAGUUUUAUCCAUGACGCUAUUAAAGGAGGCUUCCCACCGCGGCUUCCCACACUCCCGUCGCCUAAGUCCUUUUCCUCGUCAAACUUCUUGUACAGCUUCAUCCCAGCACUCAUCGGGAACGUCCUUUUCCUCGCGUGGCAGCCUAUUGAUGUGUAUUUCCGUGCCCUGCAACCAUUUGUCUCGCUCUCUUCCCCGGAGGGUGCCCCGGCUGAUCAAAGCUUGCUCUUGUCUUAUCCGUCGUGCUUCCCCUUCCAUGUGACAGUACUGGCUAUCCUCAACAAACACUAUAAGGUGGCCUGGAUCUCCUUCAUGAGCGUUGCCUCGGCUGCUAUCCCUAUCUUGGCCGGUGGUGUCUUUAUCGCUCUCAACUACCCUUCGCAAAGCGAAAUACGCAUUGCGGCUCUUAUGCCGGCAUUCUACGCCAUGGUUGCGUUUUGCGCAAUAUACACAGUGUCAUUCUUGUGUAUCUGGCCCGGUCGCCGCCGCUACCUGCCUCAUGAUAUCACCACGCUCGCCGAUCAGAUAAGCUUCCUCUACCAGAGCCCUUUGCUCUCGGAUAAAAUCCUCCGUGAGCCUCGGAGCAAAGCCGAUCUUGUUACGCGACUAGUCAUGGCACCCCCUGGGGACAGGGACUAUCCCAUAUUGCGUGGUGCACUCGACUUGGCGUUCAGCAAAGAACUACGAUUCGCGCAGCAUUUAAAUGGCUGCGACGAAACUCGACCUCACUGUAGGGCCUGUGUCCGGACCGGCCGGACCUGUCCGGGAUAUCCGCACCCGCUCGAUGUUAUGCUAAGAGAUCGAACGGCCUUCCAGCGCAAGAAGAGUAAUGUUUCAAAGGCCAAGGCAGUUAAUACCACAAAAUGCCAAAAGGAUUCGAAGGAACCAUCUUCUCCAUUGACGGUGUCGGAGACGACUCCGUCGCCUUCCGCUAUAUCAUUCCUAAGCUCCCCACUAGAGGUGGAAAGGUCGCCCCUCUCCGUCAACGCCGUGAGAGCUCUAAGCCCUAGUGUUCCCAGUAGUUUGUACCUGCCUUUGGAGAGUACAGUUACCUCUUUGUUCUUCAAUUCCUAUCUUCAUCAGCCGAGAGACCCUCUCAUUGGGCUCGGGUUUAUGGAGCUUUUGCCUGAGCGAUACUUCAAUGCUCGGCCUGGAACUCCUUUGUAUCUGGGUACACUGGCUGUGUCAUUGUUCUCUGUCUCUGCCUGGACAGGGAAUCGCUCAUUUCUCCAUUUGGCGGAGCAGUUCUUCGUGAGAGCUUUAUCGAAUACAAGGGUAGCCUUGCAGGGUAACCUUGGUGAAAAUAUGGUCGAGACUAUAAUGGCAGUUCUUUUGCUUUCUGUCUAUGAAAUCAAAGCCUCGACGAUACCGGCUUAUCCGACCAUCGAAAUGCCAGACGUGUGGCCUAUGGCAGCGCCAAUACCCCAGUCUGCACCAUCACAGCUGACAGCGGCCGCAACUGAGUUAGUGGAUCUUAAACAGGUGUGGGAUAAGUUCGCAUCACAACCGGAACUGUACGGCGCAGAUGAAAUCAGUCGCAUCUAUUCCAUGGCUAUGAUUCUCGACAGUAAACUUUGUGCCUGGGCAUGGGCUCUUCCCCAACAUUGGGCCCCAGUUCCGGCAACCAUGGUUCCCCAGUCUGUCCGAGAGGCAGGGAGCACAUGGAAUACCUAUCGAGAAUCUCGGAUCGUUGUCCAAAGCAUCAUUCUCAACUGUCUCCGUCUGCUCCCGAACCUUGGCACUCCGGACAGGGUUGAAGCAGUGAUAUCUACUAUUAGAGAAAUGGCCACCGAUAUUUGCGCUGCAGUCCCCUUUUUCCUCGGCAGCCAGACCAUGUCUGUUCAUCUGGACCCCUCCAAGGUUGAGUAUCCCGAAGCUGAGGAGCGCCGGGUGACUUCGGCCCAUCAGCAGACGGCCCCCCUUCUUGGUGCUUCAGAUCUCCGCUCCAUCCGCCUCAUUUUCCCCUCGCAGAGCUCACUUGAACCCAAGCACACCAAGACCGCAAUUCCUACCAAUCGGUAUUCUACUGUCACCAACACAAAGAAACUCCUUCUGAUUACCAUUCACUCCAACAACAUGUUCUCCUUUUUCCGUCGGGGUCCUCCCCAAACCCCCGAAACCCCAUCAGACCAAGCAACCUCACAACCAACAACAACACAAACUAGCCAAUCUCAACCACAAUCCCAAAGCCAAAGACCUGAAUCCGAGCCCGAACUGAAGUUUAUCAACCCCCAAACCAAAUACAAACUUCUCCUCGGCGGCCUCUCAUUCUUCGCCUUCUCGCUCUGGACCACCCGCCGCGCCUUAAACAGACGCUAUCUCGCUUCCGUCCCACCUUUCUAUACCUCCUCCCUCUACCACAAGCCCGACGUCAGCGGUGGUGCGGAAGCCUUUGAGGCGCUGAAUCUGGCAACGCUGAAUGUGCUUUCGCUGGGCAUGGCAGGCACCGGGGGUAUCCUGUGUGCGCUGGAUAUCAAUGGGGUUGAUGAUAUGAGGAGGUUUGUGAGGAGGGGAUUUUAUGGUGACGGUGGAGAUGUGACGAAGGUAGAUAAGGAGCUGGAAGAUGAGGUUGAAGCCUGGGUGGGAAGUGUGCUGGGAGAGAAGUUUGGGGUGGAGUUGAAGAAGGAGAAAGAGAGGGAGAGGAGCGAGAACAAGGCUUGA